UGUUCCGAUUUAACUGCAUUUUAGAUCGUUUUAGAUACGACCAUUUAAAAAAAAAACACCGACAAUAUUUAUAUUGAGUCACACAUGACUAAGAACCGGAACGUUUUAGUUGUAAAUUAGCCAACUGUAUCGCUAAGACCGUUAAAAGUUGAAAAUGUUCUAAAUUCAGGCUUUCAACUGACAUAUUCUCACUUGAACCUCAUAUAUGCUAGCGUUAGUUAUACCGAAUUUGUGUGUGUCAAGACAUACGUAGCUAAAGAUAAAAGACUACGUUUGUGUGAGUUAACAGUGAAGUGGUUUAAGAUUGGUGGUAAAGUGUUAGCAGCACUACUUCCUGAGUUUAGGGAAGGGGCUUGGUCCCGUGCCUGCGCUCCGCGAACGCGCAUCAAAUUAGCAUCGAUGAAGUUUGUGCGAACAUGGCGGAUUUCCUGCCGACCAGGUCCGUGUUAAAAGUUUGUCUACCUGUCUGCCUGCUCAACAGCGGCGAGGUCGAACAGCUGCGAAAGUCAAAGGAGAUCGACAGAUGUCUCUCCCGGGAGAAACCGUAUGUGAAACGGUUGGUGAAGAUCCUGCUGCUAGGCGCUGGCGAGAGCGGCAAGUCGACUUUCCUCAAACAAAUGCGGAUCAUCCACGGCCAGGACUUCGACCAGCAAGCCCGAGAGGAGUUCAGAGGCACGAUUUACAGCAACGUUAUUAAAGGUGUACGUGUAUUGGUGGACGCACGGGAGAAGCUGCACAUUCCGUGGGGCGACCCAGGCAACCAGCAGUAUGGAGACAGCCUGAUGGCGUUCGAUACCCGGUCGGCUAGGAUGGCCAGUGGGCAGCUGGAGACAUCAAUCUUCUUGCAGUACCUGCCCGCGAUCAAAGCUCUGUGGGCGGACUCGGGUAUACAGAACGCCUUUGAUCGUCGCAGGGAGUUUCAGCUGGGUGAGUCAGUGAAGUAUUUCUUGGAUAAUCUGGAUAAGCUUGGCGAGCUGAAUUAUCUGCCCAGUCAACAAGACAUCCUGCUGGCCCGUAAACCCACCAAAGGCAUCCACGAGUAUGACUUUGAAAUCAAGAAUGUUCCCUUCAAGAUGGUGGACGUGGGCGGGCAGCGGUCAGAACGAAGACGCUGGUUCGAGUGUUUCGACUCCGUCACCUCAAUCCUCUUCCUCGUCUCCUCCUCUGAAUACGAUCAGGUGCUGAUGGAGGACAGGCAAACUAAUCGACUGCGUGAAUCGCUCAACAUCUUUGAGACCAUUGUCAACAACCGCGUCUUCAUCAACGUUUCCAUCAUCCUCUUCCUCAACAAGACAGACCUACUGGAGGAGAAGGUGAAGAGCGUUCCGCUCAAGGACUACUUUCCUGACUACACCGGGCCGGAGCACAGCCUGCCAGAAAUCCAGGCGUUCAUGGUGGAGUGCUUCCGGGCCAAGAGACGAGACGCCACCCAGAAGCCACUGUACCACCACUUCACCACAGCCAUCAACACGGAGAACAUCAGGCUGGUGUUCCGGGACGUCAAGGACACCAUCCUCCAUGACAAUCUGAAACAACUCAUGCUCCAAUGACCCCUGUCAACCUGUGAAAGUAGAGGACCUGAAUGGAGACAAACCUCCCCCUCGCUCCUGAAGAGGACGUGGGAGAGACCAGCCUCAGAAGAAUCCGGUAGACGUCAGCAUUCUUCUUCAGCCGUUUUUAUAUUAGUUUUUACGCUCCUCUUUUGAAGAGUUGGCCUUCUUGUUAGUUCAGGGUUUGGUAGGGGAAUGAGUUAGUAGGGCAGAUCGUCUGUGGUAAAAAAAUAAAGACAAGCAGGCAGUUUGGAUGUUGGAUGACAUCUGAUCCUCUGCUGCUUUUCCUCUGGCCUGAGCUCUGCCUUACAGCACAAGACUUGCUGGGGCUUUUCAACUCACAAGGUGCCGGUGCUGGCACCAAUGCCAGUGUCUUGCUGUGGAAAAACUGGACAUAUACAUAACUUACCAAGCAACAAACAGGAAAUAACCAUGGUGAAUUAAGUACUUUGUUGAAACAACAAGUAAGCAAAUAAGUUAGACGGUCAAAAUGUACAAAGAUUAUCUUUGCCAGAGUUGAUUUGGCAGUUUGUGUCCAAGCACUGAAUUCAUCUAGUCCAAAAUCACUCCAUUAUUUCAGUUGCACUCUCCUGUGCUGCUUUGUGAACAUUGUUUCGAAGCCCCUGUAGUCUAUGGAGGGUUGCUGAUGAUCUGGAGACUGCACAAUUGUCCUUUUUUUUCUCAUAUGGCAGCACCAUUCCUCCCUCUACCCGUCCCAAUUAUCUGUUUUUUUGGGUCAGCAUCAGCAGGUCUUAAGUGCCGGCACGGAGCCAGUUUUGCCGGGACAAGGACCAGUUCAUGGAUGGAGAACGCGCUCAGAACGGUUAAAGAUUUGAUGUGGAAAAUGGCUCCAGCACUGGCACCUUGUCUGUGGAAAACUGCUAUAAAAGUGUAAGACUGAACCUACAAUGCCUUUCCAUAUAAUGUCUUAUAGACAAAUCACUGUUUGAAUCCUGCAUUUGUGCCUGUGUCUCUACAGAAAUAAAGCCAGUCUUAACUUCCUUAACAGAUAAUUAAGAUGCAAGUUUCCAUGCAAGUUGUCCUUUAGAUUGUCGUUUAGAGGGUAGAAUACCUUCAUUUGGCACAUUAGGCAGGUGUGCCAGCAAGUGAACAUGCAGUCCACUGUUUUCUCAGGGUUGAAUCAAAACCAGCGUUAAUGCUGAUGUCAUUGUCGGUGAACUAACUGAAUAAUCUAAUCUUUAUCUGGGUGGCAGAGCAGUGAGACUCAGCCAGGCCUCAGUACAGUUAGCUGGGUGGUGUUUGGUACUGUAUCCUCCUGGCUUUGACCCCUGAUCGUUGGCCCAGAACCCUCCCCCCGCCCCUGUCUCUCUUUGUUUUCAUCUCUGAUUAGAUGCCUUGUAAAGGGACAGACCCACCCUGUUGCCUGAAUGAUGAAUGUGUGUUAAUAGAUGUACAGAGAUUUGCUCUAGAUCGUCUGAAUAUACUGUAACCAACAUUGCUAUGGUAAGAUGUAACCAGUCAUGUGAGAAUUUCUGUGUUGGCACUGACUCCAGGCGUCUCUAAAAAAUAAAAACUUUUUUACAUGUAAUCUUGUGCUGUUUAGGACUUCCCUUUUUAAAACACGUUUUGAAAUUGUAGAGAAAAAAAAGCCACUGGAGUUGAAUACUUUUGUCAGCGACUGUAUUCUGUAGGGGGCCAAUCUUUGUUAGAGGACAACUUCCAGGGACUGUUAAAAUCUCUGUUUCUCUGCCAAAUCACCCCAUGCUUUCUUGACUCUGUUCACAUCGACAGACUGUAGUUUUCCUACAAAAAUAAAGCUCCUGUGAGCUUCUGUUUGCUUCCAGUCCUGGCUGUGUACAUACUGUAAUCUGUUGCCAUGUAAAUAAUAUUCAGGUUUAUCUCCUUAUAUGUAAAUGGUUGUAGAAAUGGCAUAUUUUUUUCCAUGCUGAAUGUUUUUCAAAUCACUGCUUUUCCAAUGAAGAUGACAUUUUUCAUGUAGAUGUAUUUUUGUGUAACUUUUUCAUCGCCUUUAUGAAAUUCAUUCCUGUGUCAAGUCUCAUGCCACUCUAACCCUCUCAAUAA